AAUGUCGGGAAAACAGCAUGUUUGAAUGUUAACUAUUUUUUUAUUUCCUGUGGGAAUAAUUUUAGUUUAGUAGAUUUGAAAUUAAUACAUGAACGAGAAUGUGAAAUUGCUCGUGUUUGUACUUUGCUGGAUUCUAUUGGUACAGAUUGGAGUAGGAAUGAACCGCAGGAAAAUGAAGACAAUCUGGGUGAUCGGUGGACCGGGAUGUGGAAAAGGAACUCAAUGUGAUAAAAUCAUAGCCAAAUACGGUCUUCUGCAUCUGAGCAGCGGUGAUCUACUGAGGGAGGAAGUAGCGAGUGGAAGCCCCAGAGGUGCUUCCCUCCAAGAACUCAUGUCCAAAGGUCUCUUCGUCCCUACGGAUGUUGUGCUUUCUCUGAUCAAAGAGCGAAUGGAUAAGGCGCGGGCAGAGGGAGGAACAGUCGGAUUUCUCAUCGACGGAUAUCCUAGAGAGAAGGAUCAAGGAAUUCAAUUUGAAAAAGAUGUGUGUCCAGUCGAUAUAAUCAUUGCCUUCGACGUUGCCAGCGAGACCAUGAGAACAAGAUUGCUAGGGCGAGCUGCAGUAUCAGGACGAGCUGAUGAUAAUGAGGCAACAAUUGCUAAACGAAUUGAAAUAUUCAACUUAAAAAAUGAAGAAAUCCUCGCUCACUACAUAGAUAAAGUUGUUCGCAUAAACGCCGAAGGUACAAUUGAUGACAUUUUCGAGCAAGUUUCCAAGGCCUUGGAUCCACUCUUCGUCUCCUGAAUUCAUCAAUUAAUUUCCUGAUUUCUCCUGACAACAACAACGGAUGAGACUUAUUUUUGCACAACAAAAUACACUCCGGCAAUAUACACGUGAAAUUAAAUCAAAGGCAAUAAUAUACAUCGAAUACUCUUUGGAAUAUGCAACAGAUACUUUCCAAUUGACAACCAUGCAUGGAACAAAUGUUAUAGAUUUCUAGAUUCUACUGCAUCCAUAUAAAUGACAACGUCAUUUCAUGUAUAAAUUGUAAUGUAACUUGCUUCUUGUUAUAAAAAAUUCUUGACUCGUUAUAGAAAA